CCAAACCGCGCGUUUUCUCUCAGUUUCACACAAAAAGAAAAUUGUUUACUGUAAAUUGAAGUUUACUGAAAGUUUCCUUCAAAUUUUACAAUGAAUUUCUCGUUCGGAACCCCGACCACAACGACCGCCACCACCGGUGGGUUUUCACUCGGUGCACCAGCUACUAGCACCGCUCCGACAGGGUUUUCGUUCGGUGCUGCUCCGGCUUUCGGAGCAACCGCAGCCCCGGCGGCCACCGGUCUUUCGCUCAACCCAACGUCGGCGGCACCAGCGCCCGCUGCAUCCGGUGGUUUACCGACGCUUUCAUUUGGUGCAUCGCUUGGAACCACGGGAGCUGCAGCGGCCACAGGGAGCGCGGUUGCACCAACGGCAGCAGCCGGUACUGCGAUCGCAGCACCGGCGAACCCACUAGUACCGACACUCGCCGCCACAGCAGUCACAACGGCCACCCCUGCGGCGGCAACGGCCGCACCACUCACACUCGGCGGAUUCGGUUUGUCGAAGCCAGCCGAGCAACCGGCGAGUGCGUUAAGCAAUCCUGCGGUAACCACGAGCCAGCCAGCGACUUUGACGCUCGGAACUACCAACACGACGACAGCACCACCGAGCGGAACUGCCGGAACGACGGGGGCCAGUCUCACCACAACCACCCAGACGACCCAAUCGGCCGCCGUGGCAUCUGGGCAGCAGUUGAAGUUUUUCCAGCUGGAAGAAUUCAUUAACAAAUGGACACUGGAGCUCGAGGAACAGGAGAAGCUCUUCACCAACCAGGCAACCCAGGUGAACGCCUGGGAUAAUAUGCUGUUGGCGAACGGGGAAAAAAUCGUCGCGCUAAACGAAGCCGUCGUGAAGGUGAAGGCAGAACAGAAUGCAAUGGAGCAGGAACUGGAGUUUAUUACAGCUCAGCACACCGAGCUGGAGGAGUGCAUCGUACCGCUCGAGCAGGAGCUCUCGCGCAACGUACAGAUUGAUCUGGAGCGUGGCCAAACCUAUUCGAUGGCGGAAACGCUCGACUCGCAGUUGAAGCAGAUGUACGAGGAUCUGAAAGAGGUGAUCGAGCAUCUGAACGAUGCGAACAAGUACACUGAUCCGAACGAUCCGCUCGUACAAAUCGGAAAGAUACUGAAUGCGCAUAUGAACUCACUGCAGUGGAUCGAAUCGUCCAGUACCGCCAUCACGAACCGAUUGGAGGAAAUUAACAAAAUGCACGAAACGCUACGCAAAGACAACGAACGAUCAUUUCGCCUAACCUAUUAUGAUCAGUAAGCUGAUCAGAGCAUCUGAAACCUUCCAAAAUCCUUCAUUAUUCCCAUCACUUAAGUGCUUUGUAAGCAGGAUUCCCAAAUAAUUACCCUGUCCCCUAUUCCGAUACAAUUCCCCAAAUCAGAUAUUCAGAUGUAAGUUAAUAAACCUAAGCAACAUG